AUGGCUGCUUAUUGGAGCAGUCAUGGCGGGGCAUUCCGUCUGUUGCUGGUCAUGUUGCUGGUCAUGAGCGCUGGGGCACUCACCUUGCGGCCUAGACAAACAAAACGAAGGGGCCAUACUCUAGACGAUGCUCUCAUUUCGGACAUUACCGCAGCGGACGUUGAACACAACGACGCUGUGCGUUUUGUCAUGGACGGCAUUGCGCACAUGAAGCAAGUGGGCAUCAAGCUCUCUGACGAAUGUGAGACGCGGUAUGGAUACACGUUCAUCACCGAUCAGAAGCAUCACCACUUUCGUUUGUGCAAGUCCGAAGCGACGCUUGGUAGCGAUGGGAAGCUCACGGGGGUAUCGCGAUCUUCAUCCUCGCUCGCCGUGUUUCGCGAGCGCCUACUAAAAAAACAACAGGCGUGGAGGAAGCGGCAGCAGCUGUUGAAAGCGCUGAACAAGACCGGAAGUGAAAUCGACGCAGCUGCUACUGCGGGGUCUGCCGCUGGGGCUGGGGCUGGAAAGCGCCGGACGCUAAUGCAGCAGCACUCCAGCAGCACCCUUGGUCUUGCCUCUACCGUCGCUGUCACUGCCAAGGCGCGCUACGUCGUGUCUCGCAAACAUCUUGAAGACCAAAUGGCUGGUGCCAUAGAUGGCCGCCCGAACGGACGAGCAACUGACUGCUUGUCGGGCCAGCACUCCGCUUCCAGUCAUGUCCUUGAUCCCAAACCUUGCAGUGCCAGCCGCUGUAGCAGCCAAAUCAGUUGCAGUAGCAGUAGUGCACACGCCAUGGCCCGGCGACACCUCCAAGCCACGGAGAAUGGCAACAGCAGUAGCAGCCUGAUGUACAAAAUCCUAAAGUACGUCAACACGAAGAAAUCUGACGAUGCCGGCGACACGUCCGACGUGUACAACGAUGCCGGCGACGACGAUAAUGAUGAUAACAGCGGCGAAGGCGAAGGCAACGAGGAUGCCAAGGCCGUCGGCGGCGGUGCAACAGCCGCCGCCGCCGCCGCUGCAAAGAAGGCUGCCUGGCUAGCCAAGCGCCGCGCCGCUUUCCUCGCCGCCUUCGAGCCCGACGUCGAGGUCCCCGCGCUUACGGCCGUCAAUAGCAGCUUCAAGUCCUCCGUGAGCUGUUAUCUGCAACCCUCCAUGCCUCGCGAUGUGGGUUACAAGGACGCACAGCUCAUGUGCGUGGGACGCAACGUUGUCCUGGAUACAUGCGGCUUCUACGACGGCCAAAACGAAGGCUUCGAAGUGCGCUUCCCGAAACCAAAGGUAGGAGCUGUGAAGCUGGGUUGCACCGUUCAGUCAUCUCUGCUGGCGGAACGCAAUCUGACCAAGGGCUACAAGAACCGCGUGUGGUGGUGGAACGCGCAGGACAAUGCGUACGACUCUGUACGGCAGCAUUGUGCAUCGGGCAGUGGACAUGUGGUUGAGCACCCCGUCGCAUUCGUGCUCCGAGACCGAUACACACACACGCUACACGAGCUGGAAGUUCUGGCCACCAUCUUUACUAGCCUGGCUGUUGCCAAUUUGACAGAGAUUCGCAAUCAGGGAGUCCAGAUCGUCAUUGCUGACCAGAUGCCCCACGCUUCCUACCGAGCCACCUACGCGGCCAUCUCCUACCCGUACCGCCUUCGCCACCUUGCCGAGGCGCCCUACCCGCCAAAUACCUGCUUCCGCACGGCGUUGUUUAUCAAUGCCUUCACAAACUCCAUUGCCUUCAACCCCAAUCCCAACACGUCGCGCUGCUUCUCGCCAAUCAUGGUUGGAGUGCACAGGUGGCUCCGGAACCUUCACAAGGAGCUGGAUCCCGCCUACUUGUCCCGUGUGCAUCAUCACGCCUCCGAAACCGGUGGCAUCGUACGGCGCGCUGUGGUUUGGACGAGCCGCCGUAACCUGGAGGCACUUCGCCUGACUAGCGGCGCGGGCAUGACGGAGUGGCAGUCGGCUCGGAUGGUGCCCAAUGAGAAUGAGGUGGUGACGGCGCUGCAGUCGGCCAUAUUGCGGUGGAACUCCCGCUCCUGCCUGCUGGCGCGCUAUUACGGGGGAGACGAGGGUAUGGCGGGAUGCCGGAACUCCAAUGUGCAGUUCGACUUGGUUUUCGGGGAGUUCAGCGACUGGCCGUACUACCCGGACCAGCUCUUGACAAUAUACAGGACCGGCGUCCUGAUCGGUGUCCAUGGCGCCGCGCUCACGUUCAUCACCUCAUUGACUGCUGGAGAAUCUGCACUGUUAGAGCUGGCGGGGUUGGGGUGGGAGGAGGCACAGACUGGCAACAUGCUCAACCUCUUCCCCUCCCUGGCGCACAACGUGGGCGCGUACUACGAGCAGGUGCGCUACCAGGGUCCAGAUAUCGACGUGAGGAUUGCGACAGACGCAUUGGAAAGGGCCAUGGACGCGGUCUCAAGCCGCAUCAUGGCAAAGAAGAUGAACCUUGAGUUGGUUCCGGAGCAGCAGCCCCACUUCAACGACCAGUACAAUUUUGACAUCAUGUUCCCGCAAGCAUGCCCAACUUCUGUGGUCAACAAGACACGCCGCUACGUCACGAGCCACCCAAUUCAAAUGACCCUGAACGAUAGCAGCAACGCUCACACCAGUGGCAGUGUUGUCGGCGGGUGA